AACCGGGGACUCGGAAGUACAGGAAAGAUGAGGUUCCAUUUCUGUGGUGACUUGGACUGCCCUGACUGGGUGCUGGCAGAGAUCAGCAUACUAGCAAAAUUGACAUCUAUCAAAAUGAAACUGCUGUGUGCACAAGUGAUGAAAGAUAUGCUUGGAAGUGGAAUUGACUAUGAAAAAGUCUAUAAGCUCACUACAGAUGCAAAAUUUGAGCUUGGUGACGUGAAAGCAAGUAUUGCUGCCCUGACCUUUAUCUUCUCUAGUGCAGCCAAGUAUAGUGUUGAGGGGGAGGCUUUGUCCAAUGAAUUGCAGCAACUUGGCUUACCAAAAGAACACUCAGUUGCUCUUUGUAAAGUGUACGAGGACAGUUUAGGAAAGUUGCAAGAGGAGCUUAAGUUUAAAAGUCUUCGAUUGUCCCAUUUAGAGUCUGCCCAGUGGAGAGUGGAUUACGUGAUAGGAUCAAGCAAACUCAAGGAGCUGAAUGAGCCUGCAGUUCAACUUCGAUUGAAGAUUAGGAACCCAGACACAGACCAAGUUGAACCAGUUGCAUUUAACUUGAGUGCAGACAAAUUCAGAGUAUUUCUCAGUGAAUUAAAGCAAGCACAAACUGCCAUGGAAGGUCUCUCUUGAUGCAAGCAAUGAUGUUACUAAAACCAAUGUUUGCCUUGAUAGUCAUUCAGCACAUGGUUUUGGAAUGAUACAUAAAAAAAUCUUAUCAAAAGAAACAUAUUUACUGACCAAUUGAGGUGUGAUCAUGUGUGAGGUGAUAUAAACACAUCAAAAAUUCUCUUCACGCCUGUGAAAAAACUGUAAUUCAGCUGAUUGAAGGAGACCUGCAUUGCAAUAAUGAGAUCUGAAGCACUUCCUGUGAACUAAUGAAAAGGAAAACAGACGUGUGACAGCUUACAUGGAGUGGAAACCUUAUUCUAGUUCUUGCUUAUCAUGCAAGGGAAAGGUUAUGUCCUCUGUGCCUCAUUUGAUCUUAAGUGCAUCUUGUUAAUCUGAGAGAAACACCUAUUUAAAUCAUGCAAAUGAUUCAAAGAAUCAUAUAAUUAAUUGUAAUGUAAAUAAAUACCUAAAACAGAAAA